UGUUUGAUAUUUGUAGUAACAACUGAACGACCAGUCCAGGUAAAUGUUGUAAAGGUGAAGAAAUCUGAUAAGGGGGAUUUCUACAAACGGCAAACUGCAUGGGCACUGCGAGAUUUGGCUGUCGUUGAUGCAAAAGAUGCCAACAAGGAGAAUCCAGAGUUCGAUUUACACUUUGAAAAAGUUUACAAGUGGGUUGCCAGCAGCACAGCAGAGAAAAAUGCUUUUAUUUCCUGUAUUUGGAAGCUUAAUCAGCGAUACCUUAGAAAGAAACUUGAGUUUAUCAAUGUUAGCUCUCAGUUAUUGGAAGAGUCUGUUCCAAGUGGUGAAAAUCAGAGUGUGGCUGGUGGAGAUGAGGAAUCUUUGGAUGAAUACCAGGAGCUGAAUACAAGAGAAGAACAGGAUAUUGAGAUAAUGAUGGACGGUUGUGAAUAUGCCAUCUCAAAUGCUGAAGCCUUUGCAGAAAAACUAUCUAGAGAAUUGCAGGUGCUGGAUGGGGCCAAUAUCCAAUCAAUUAUGGCUUCAGAAAAGCAAGUGAACAUUCUGAUGCAACUGCUGGAUGAAGCACUUAAGGAAGUAGAUGAAAUUGAGCAUAAGCUGAGCAGUUAUGAAGAAAUGCUGCAGAGUGUAAAGGAACAGAUGGAUCACAUCUCUCAAAGCAAUGACCUCAUACAGCUCAGUAACACUAACAACAUGAAGCUUCUGGAAGAAAUAGAAUUUCUGGUGAACUAUUUAGACCUAUCCAAAGGUCAUAUUAAAGCCCUUACAGAUGGGGAUCUUUCUUCUUCUAAAGGAAUUGAAGCAUGCACCAAUGCUGCAGAGGCCCUUCUGCAAUGUAUGAAUGUAGCCCUUCGACCAGGACAUGAUGAACUUCAAGCAGUGCAGCAGCAGCAGCAGCAGUUCAAAGAUCUUCGGGAGCAAUUUGCUAGAAGACUUGCCAAUCAUCUUAAUAAUGUUUUUGUCCAGCAGGGCCAUGAUCAGAGCUCCACCUUAGCUCAGCACUCAGUUGAGCUGUCUCUCCCUAAACAUCUGCCUUUCCAUCGAGAUCUACUUAGAUAUGCGAAGCUCAUGGAAUGGUUAAAGAAUACUGAUUGUGAGAAAUAUGAAGGAUUGAAUAAGGUAAAUAAAUGACUUGCGCUGAA